AAUUUAAAAGUGCUAACUCUAUUAAUUAAAAUGAUUUCGAAAAGCCUCAAUCUAAUCCUACUAUCUGUAUAUUUAAUUUUGCACUCCUCAUAUGGUGACGGUAGUACCAAAGAUGUCCAAGGAGGAGGCUGGAAAGACAACCGACUACAUAACACCACUACAUUUAUACCCGAUGAUCCUUCUUAUCGAGCAUUCAGAGUAGUUUUAGGUGGUACAUUUGGAUUACCGUGUAACAUAGAAGAUGCAGUUGAUUCAAAAUUAAAUGUUAGUUGGUCAAGAAUAGACGGUCAUCCAUUACCUACCAACUCUAGCCAACGAAGUGGAGUUUUGUACAUCUACAACGUCGAGAAAGAAGCUCAAGGAGAAUACAAAUGCUCAGCUCUCGAUUCUAAUGACAGACCAGUCUCCGACUUCAAAGCUUAUCUCAUGGUUAUGUCCCCUCCAAAGAUCAACUUGACUGCGACUAAACUAGUAGUCUAUCCAGGCGGGACUGCUCAAGUCACCUGCAAAGCCACUGGCGACCAACCCAUCAAAAUCACCUGGUCGCCUUUAGCACAUAAUAUGUCCAAUUCAGUUUACGCCAAAGAAGGACACAUGCACUUCAACAAUAUCAAUUAUGAGCAUGGAGGUAAAUUUUUAUGCGUGGCUAAGAAUCAAGCUGGCGAAGCAAGUGCCGAAGUUGAUGUCAUCGUAAAAGACCCUCCAAGAAUCAGAUUUACUCUGCCUAUAACAGUAGUCCGGGCAGGCAAGUUUAUGUCUAUCUACUGCAACACCACUGGAGACCCAACCGCCAGAUUUUCCUUUAAGAGUCGUGUACGUGAGAACCAAUUAGUUUACAACAAUGAGGGAUAUAUUUACUUAGACAAAAACCAAUUUGAAGAUGUCGGUAAACAUAGAUGCGUGGCGAAGAAUCAAGCCGGCACAGUAGAAGCUUUUUCUGAUGUCACUCUAAUAGGUUGAUACUGUAUUCGUGAUCAAGAUUUUAUGAGGGUACAAUACUUUUCAUCGUUCUAAGUCUACUUUAUUUUGCAAUUUCUAUAUUGUCUACUUUACUUAACGGGAAAAGACCACCACGGUGGUUGAAAUUAUAUUAAUUUUUUUCAAAUAAAACGUAUUUUUAUUUAGAA